CUCAAUACAAGUCUGGAGAUGUUUGUCUGAGACUCUGGUUGUAUUUCUUUUGUCUGAACCUUAAAGAAGAGGAAAAAAGAGAACAAAAGACUCAGAGAGAGAGAGAGAGAGAGAGAGAGAGAGAGAGAGAGAUCUUAGUCAUGAAGUCCUGCACAUGGAUUGGCUCUCUGGCAUUCAUGCUGUACAUUUUUCCUGCAUGUACUGCUUACAGACAAAGCAGACAAGUAUCUGUCGGAAAUCUACAAGGUGUAUGUCGCUAUGGCAAUCGUCUGGAGUGCUGCCAUGGGUGGAAGAAAAAUACAAAAGGCCAGUGUGAAGCUCAGUGUGAAUUUGGAUGUAAGCAUGGAGAGUGUGCUGGGCCAAAUAAGUGCAAGUGUUUUCCGGGAUACACUGGCAUAACAUGUAGUCAAGAUUUAAAUGAAUGUGGGUUGAAGCCCCGCCCAUGUGAGCAUCGUUGUAUGAACACCUUCGGUAGCUACAUGUGCUAUUGCCUAAAUGGAUACAUGUUAAUGCCUGAUGGGUCUUGUGCAAAUUCGAGGACUUGCUCUUUGGCUCAUUGUCAGUAUGGAUGUGAGGAAGUUCAGGGGGAAAUUCGCUGCCUUUGUCCCUCAACUGGUUUACAACUCAGUUCAGAUGGAAAAACAUGUGUUGAUAUCAAUGAGUGUAUAACCGGAAAGCACCAGUGUCCAUACAACCGUGAAUGUGUCAACACCUUUGGGAGCUACUACUGCAAGUGCCAAGCGGGUUAUGAUCUAAAAUACAUCAGUGGAAAAUAUGACUGCAUAGACAUCAAUGAGUGUCUUGCCAACACUCAUAAAUGUAGCCGUCAUGCAGAGUGUAUAAACACUGAAGGAUCAUACAAGUGCAAAUGCAAGCAAGGCUUCCGUGGCAGUGGGUUGGACUGUUCAGUAAAGCCCUUUUAUCACAGCAGCUCCUGGGACACUGAUAGAGGCAGUGCAGAUGAAUUUCAUAACGUGAUCCCAGAAGUUCCUUCAAAGCCACACAUUCUUGGAGGGAAAUUCGAUAAUGCCAUCCCAGAGCCUGGAGUGACCAGAUCCCCCAAACUGCACCUACAGCCAUUUGAUUAUGAUGGAGAUGUUUACAUUGGACCAGGAGAAGAAGUGACACCACUGAUACCGACAGGAGAGGAAGAGGAGUUGGAGGAGGAGGAGGAGGAGGAGGAUGAAGGAAAUGGAGUGGACAGUGAGAGGCUGAACCCCCGAGGAGAUGUCUUCUUUUCUGAUGUUGUCUAUGGCAGAGGAACAGAAUUUAAAGAAAUCAAUGCAGCUCCUCUACAGGAACCAGGAUUCCUCACAGAUUGCAACUUUGAUUCAGGGGAAUGUGAAUGGGUUCAGGAAAAGGAUGAUGACCUUGACUGGACCAUCCAUUAUCACGAAAACGGAUUGCAGUACUACAUGGCGCUCAGUGGAAUUGUGGGUAACUGGAGGGAGCAGGCCAAGCUGAAGCUCCUCCUCAGUGAUCGUUUUCGUCAAGGUGCCUUCUGUGUAAGAUUUAGCUACAGAAUCACAGGGCUGCAGACAAACACGCUGCGUGUGAUGAUGGAAAAUGGAAAAUCCCAUUACAUCUUGUGGGAACAGAGACACAACCAGGACGACGGAUGGCACACGGAGACCGUUGACGUGGUUUGGAGUGACCGAGCUCCUGAAUCGAUUGUCUUUGAGGGAACACGGGGAAGGCUGAAGCAUGGAGAAAUUGCUUUGGAUAAUGUGGUGCUGAUCUCAGGGAGCUGCCAUGAGGCUGAAGAUAAAUUUUUUUAGAGAAAAUGUGUUCAUAUCAUUAUUGAAUAAAGUUUAAAGCAAAAUAAUUACUUCACAAAAAGGUUGAUGGAAGUAACAAAUAUUAGAUGAAAUUCCCCAAUUUUUUUUACAUAUAAAAGGUGAAGGUGAUCG